GUGAGGUGGCAGUGGAUGCGGACAGCCACACCGUGGAGCCAGGCUGCUGGGUUUAAAUCUCCCGCCUCCCCGAGGAGGCGACACCUCCGAGCACGGGUGUAGAGGGGCAGGGGCUGCCGGAGCGCCCCGAGCUCGAGGGAGGCAGCGGAACCAGUGCUGAGACGAACUCCGGGGCAGGGCGCGACCCCAGCGACGGCGGACCAGCCGGUCCAGGCUGCGGCGUUGUGGCCAAGCCCUCUGCCGUGUUGUGUGCCACGUCCAGAGCUUUCCCGAUUCAAUUUCUUCAACCUCCACUGAGUGACGCAGAUUUGGGAGGGGCCUCAGGUUCCAGCCAGCUUUACGCAAACUUCGAUGAAUCCUCCUUCUACUUCCAAAUGUCACUCCACGGAUUCCUUUGGGCAGCCUAAAGCAGAAGAUGACCAGUCAGUGGUCAGCAGAAUGCAAAAAAAAUACUGGAGAACUAAACAGAUCUUCAUCAAAGCCACUGGAAAGAAGGAAGAUGAGCAUGUGGUGGCAUCUGAUGCAGAACUGGAUGCUAAACUUGAGGUUUUUCACUUCAUUCAAGAGACAUGCUCUGAACUCCUGAAGAUAGUUGAGAAAUAUCAGCUAAGACUCAAUGUUAUAUCAGAGGAAGAAAACGAACUAGGGAUCUUUUUAAAGCUCCAAGCAGAAGGAGAUGCCUCACAAGCUGGCAAAAUGAUGGCUGCCACUGGCAAGGCACUCUGCUCCUCGGCCAAGCACAGAUUGGCCCUGUGUACUCCCCUGUCUCGACUUAAGCAAGAAGUAACAACAUUCAGCCACAGGGCAGUCUCCGAUACCCUGAUGACAGUUAAUCGGAUGGAGCAGGCUCGCACAGAGUACAGAGGAGCUCUGCUGUGGAUGAAAGAUGUGUCCCAAGAACUGGACCCGGACACCUUAAAGCAAAUGGAAAAGUUCAGAAAAGUACAGAUCCAAGUGAGAAACAGCAAAGCUUCUUUUGACAAGUUGAAGAUGGAUGUUUGUCAGAAAGUAGACUUACUUGGAGCGAGCCGCUGCAAUAUGUUAUCUCAUUCACUCACUACCUACCAGAGAACACUGCUUGGCUUCUGGGAGAAAACAGCUCGAAUGAUGUCCCAGAUCCAUGGGGCCUAUAGUGGCGCUUAUCCAAGUGACUUCAUGGGCCUCAAGCAACUACAAGACACUUCAAGCAAGCUUACUGGAGACCACAAAGAACAACAAAUAGCAAACAAUUCACUCACUGAAAACCUCAAUAAGUUAGUUUUGUCAGAUGAGGAAGUAAGCUUGAGAAGUGAAUCAGCUGCAAAAGAUGUACCUGUAGAUUCAUUGGAAGAUGAUUUUGAGAAGGAAUUCUCAUUUCUGAACAACCUCCUAAGCCCAGCUUUUUCAAAUACUAGUGAAUUCUCUGGAGAACGCCAGACUGCUGUGGGGAGACUCAAUGCCAGUCUCAGGUCCCAGGAGCCUUCUGUGGGGUCUGAGCCUCUUGCUCAAUCUGCACGAUUCCUUCCUUCACACCUCUUUGACCUUGGCCUUCAUGCUGCUGGAGCUUUCAACAGCUGGGCCUCCAAAGGGGGAUUAGAAAUUCCUCUUUCACACACUGAUAACAAACCAGUGCCUUCACAGAGUCCAAAGAAAUUAACAAAAUCUCCCAACAGUGGUAACCAAGACAUGUCAGCCUGGUUCAGCCUAUUUGCAGACAUGGAUCCACUUUCAAACCCAGAUGCUAUUGGACACUCAGAUGAUGAACUUCUUAAUGCUUGACUGAAGUCAUGAUGUCCCGUCUGUGGUCUUGAAACAUCGAUUUUGCAACAUAUUGCCUUUAUGUAAAGGAGUUUAUAUUGUAAUCCACAAACAAAAGCAUUGUGUCCGUGAAUAUAACACUUGUCAGGCAACUUUAGACAGAUGGUAAAGACCACGUUUAAAUUGACGUCUCUCUUUAAUAUCUUGGAUUUGCAGUUGUGAUAAUAUGUGGAAAAUACUCAAAACCAUUUAGUCUGAGAUACAGAAUGAAACUUAUUUUGAACCAACAGCUAAUAAGAAUUUUGUCAAUGAGUUGGGCUUAUUCCUUUGGAAAGCCUGUAAUGUGUAAGUUGCCUUGCUGGCUGUGAGAAUUCUUUAUGUUGAUUGAGGACAGCAUGGAAAACGGGUUGUGAUUUAGGGUCAGUUUUUAAAUAAAACAGUGGCAAGGAGAAUUUUCUGUUAUGGAAAAUAGCACUAGAACCAGACCAGUUUUGGCUUUACUAGAAAGGCAGAAUAAGAUUUGAGAACUCAGUUUGCUUUAAUGAAAUCACAGAGACACUUGGUGCUUGUUCUUUCCAUUUAGAGAUGAAAAUGUAGUAUUACUUUCUUUCCUUCAUAGAAAACCAUGGACUCCCCUCAAUCCACUAUCACAUUUUCAUGGGAAAGUAGCAGGAAGAUUUAUUUGUUUAGUUCAUCCUCUGUGGAAAUGGAAACCUGUCUUUUCUUUUUUUUUUAAAUUUUAUAUAGUUAUUUUUCAAGUACAGUUUUUUGUCUAUUUCUCCCACCCCAGCCCCCCCCCCGCCCCGUGCUCCUCACCUCCCUCCCAUUGUCACCCCCCUUAGUUCUUGUCCCUGUGUCCAUCCUAUUUGUCAUACAGCAAACCGCAAGAACGUCCAAACACAUUGCGACCAUAACAUGCAGUACGCCUACUCUUCCCGAAAAGCAGGGAGGGCACUCCCCACACAGUUGACAACAGCAUCCCUGAAAUUACCCAGAAACUUCUCUCUGAAUGGGGGAGAAAUUCUAAACACCUUAUCCUUAUACAUAUUUGCAGACUUACACGUUUCUUGACUUGUUUUAACACAGAAUACUUCCUGCCAGAGUUACACAAAGCUGAUCAGUAAGUGUCUUACUUUUCUACUUUCUCCUUUAAUUGGAAGACAUCAUCCAAAGCUCUAUUUCAUUACUAAGGAAAAGCUGUAAUCCCCUGGGAGGAUACUGAAUCGAAGUAAAAGGGGAAGGAUAUUUAAUUCAAAUUAGUGUAAGCCAAUGAAAACAGCUACUGUGUACACACACCAAUCCCUACAUUUGCUGGUCUUUUUUCUUGCCCACUCUUUAGUGUUGAGGCAGUUCUCAGGUGUGUUAUUUUUGCAACCCAGACCAUUGCAUUCCGCAGGAAAACAUUUAAACUUAAUUGUUCACAGCAGUUUCAAUGUGCUCUGAGUUCUAAAGAGGCUUAUUUAUUAUUUACAAGAGAAUUGCUUGUAACAUCUGAGUCAUUGCAUGGACCAGAGUAGGUGAAAUGCACCUCUCAUCCACAGGGGUAUGGCCCAAGUUCUGAAUUGCUCAUGAGCUCUUGAAAAAACCACCACUAUGGCCAAGUACUACAUAGGCUGGAAAGACCUUACCCGAGGGUCAGAAAAAUGGACCCAGUUGAAAACUUAAGUCUUUCCUUAAAAUCUCUUCACAUGCGUAGUUCUAGUUCUUUUUUGGUUAUCCCUUCAGAAGUAUUUUUCAACUCUUCUUUUUUAUUCAGUGAAAAUCUGCAGAAUGCAAUACUGUCUUUGUUCUGCCAAGAUUCAGACGCCUUUGAGCACCCCAGAAAAUGCUGACUUUAUGUCUUUGGUUUGUGUCCUUUCUAUUUCACUGAUCUAUUUCUCUAACACCUUAGUUCAAACAUAUUUAUCUCCUUCACAUGCAGACACACACACCAUAACACAGAGGAAAAUCACCAGUUCCUCCAAGCCAGAAGCCUGAAUCCCAGACUACGAAUGUGAAGGGAUGCUGCCCUUAAUUUCCCAUGAGGAAAGGUUCUCAAAAACAAACAAACAAAC